GGGUUGGAAGGCGGGGACCCGGAAGAGAAGUGGCUCUCAGCUGUGCUCUAGCUGUUCUUUCUUCUCUAACUGGAGGCAGAGUGGCAGAACAUGACGGGCAGCCGGCACCAUCAUGUUUCAGUUUUUUGUUGGUUUUGCACUUGGCAAUGUAGUUGGGAUGUAUUUGGCGCAGAACUAUGAUGUUCCGAACAUUGCAAAGAAGAUAGAAGACAUCAAGAGAGAUGUGGAAGCUAGAAAAAAGCCUCCUAGUGACAAAUGAUGUUGGCCUAGCCACCUCUGUAUUGUGUAGAUGAUGUAGUUUGCAGAUGCCAAACCUUAAAGUGGUGUUUGUGGAUUUCCUCCAGGUUUAGUCUUGAAGAACUAGACUGCCCUCAAGCUGAAGUGUUACCAGAUCCAUGGGACCUUCCAAUGCUUUCUGUAUAUUUGACUGCUUCUUCUCUCUCUUUUUUAACCCAUGUGUAAUAAGAAAAACAAAGCAGAGAGACAGAGAGAUUGGACUAUUGUUCUCAGUGUUUUUGUUGAAUAAUAUUUUGUAUUCAGUAUUCAUGUGAUUUUGGCAUAGAGUAAUGAAAUUCCUAUAAUUAUUCCAACACAACAGUCAAUAAUGGUCUGGUUGUUACAUUGACUCAUGAAAGAAAUUAAAAGUACACCCACAGAUAGAAAUAUUAAUUUAUUCAGUAACACAGCUUUACGGUACUUUUUGUACAGCUGAUUUGUAACAUACCAAAUCAUUGAUAAAAGUCCUUGUCUUUUUGUUCUCUGAA